GCGCGCGACCGGUGUGUGUUGCUCCGCCUUCGCGUUUCUCGUACGAAAACAGCCGUGAUGACUAACACGAUGCCCAUAUAAAUACACUCGAACCGGGAACCGCUUCAGACGUUCCCACCGCGAACAUCUAAGCCUCCGCCUCCAGUUAUGAAAUUGUUACUGCUCGCUGCCGUCAGCUAUUGCUGCUAUUGUGCUCCAGUGCCAUUGGAGGAGGAUUUCAAUCUGCCCGGAUUUCAUGUCAAGCACGAAAAUCAUGAGGAGAAAUUUGCUCGUGUUGACGCCAAUCAGGACAAAAAGUUAGACUUCAACGAGUUUCUGCAUAUGGAAUUGGCAUAUGUCGAUGCAAAGAGAGAAGAGUUCAACUCGUUGGACAAAGACAAGGAUGGCAUCGUCACCCAAAAGGAGUAUGAAGAGCACUAUCAUGGUGUGACGAGUAGGAGUGAAGCCCGAAAGACUGAAUAUUUUGCCAAGGUCUUCCAGGAUUUCGACGAAGACUUCGACAUGUCAUUGAACCAGAAGGAGAUGGAAAGGGUGCUUGCUGAGCGAUUUUUGGUAAAGCCAAGGGAAAACUUCCCCGCCCUCUUCUACAGCUUUGACCAUGACCACAGCGGCGGCCUCGACCUCAUGGAGUACAUGAAAUUCGAUGCCGAAUUCCCAUUUGACCAAACUGACCCGAUCACCACCGUCCCCGAAGAGGAGCAGAGGCCAAAUGUGGCUGUGCAGACCUCCAGUGCUGUUCCACCAGUUAAAGAAGGUCCAAAGCCCUUAAAUCAGUUGGAUGGCCAGGAUGUUAGGGCCAUUGCUAUGGUUAUGGCCCAGGGUAGCCCUAUUCUCAGCAAGGACCUCGCAUCAGCCGCAUCCGACCCAGAGGACAGCCUUCCAGACGAAGGUAGUGGUCCCCGCCCCGUGAAACCGGGACCAACUCGCCAGUCGCUGCCCAUUGUCAAGCUGGUCAAGGCCGCAAGAGCCAUCUAAGCUCGUCAACUGCUCAGAAUCCUCAAAUUCUCAUGUACAUAGCUGUAAUCCGUGUGCUUUUACAUAUCCACUCCAGCUAGCCUUUAAGCUCUCUGCUUCUCGUGUGUAGGGCACUGUUCCUUUACAGGUACCAUGAUCUUUUAAUAAGUUAUUUCCUUGCCUCUGUGUUCGUAUUAAUUCGCAUUUUCUCUAUGUUUGUACAUAGUUCAGUGACCAUAAAUCGUGCAUUC